AUGUCUGACACACUAUUGGUAGAUACGUCUGUCUCGUUUACAUCCACUCCACAGUAUUCGCAGAGUACGCUAUCUACGAGCGGAUACUUCAAGAGCCUACAAUCAGGGACCAGCUAUACACAGCAGAGAGAUCACGCUAUUGAAACAAGCACCAUAGAAGUUGGGCCUGUAAACUCAGUAAGCACAUCAACAGAUGAUGCUGGCGUGUCGAUAGUGUCCCUAGGUGGAUCAACUACCGCUAUAUCAAACUCUUCCAACCCAAGUCGACCCGAUGUUAAUACGACUACGGAAACACCCGAAAACACAGCAACCACUUCCUCGAAAAGCAGUUGGCUCAUUACAUUGACUGUACUGACCUCUCUUCUAGUGACCACAUUAUAG